AAGAGAGUGAAAGCCUACAGGCUCUCUCUCUGGGAUUUCUUGAUGGAUCCAAUCGUGCCUCCACGAAAAAUGGUUCUUUGGUGUCUAAGCUCUGCAUCCCAGAUCCAGAUUUAGAUCCAAGAAUCGUUGCUUCUAUCACGGACCAAGUCCUUGUCAUAAGCAGCAGCAGCAGUAGUACCAAGUUUUCUCUCGAUCCAUCCAUCCAUCUUGUUCUUGCUUCUUUCGUCUCUGGCGCGAUGGGCUUCGUCGAGUACAUCUCCUCCAAGCAAUGGGCGAUUGCCGGAUCCAUUAUCUUGCCGCUCGUCUUCUUCCUCAGCCUGUGCAUUCUCCGGGACACCACUCCCGAGACCCAGUCCACUUUCCAGAACUUGAAGGAGACGGCCUUUCCGGAGAGCUAUCGCGGACUCCCGCUCGAGGUAGGCACCGCUCUCGCUCGCUACGUCUCCAGCAAGGUAAUCCCCCAGCAAACUUUCGACGAGAUUAUGAUGACCGUGAGAGUUCUCGCGGCACGGGGCCCUUGCAACUUUCUCGUCUUUGGACUGGGGUUCGACAGCGUCAUGUGGAAAACUCUCAACCACGGUGGCCGCACGGUGUUCCUGGAAGAAACCGAGGAUUGGAUCAAACAGGUGACGGGCAAGAAUCCAGAUCUGGAGGCCUACCUCGUCAGAUACAACACCAAGUUGAUGGAUGCCGGGAGACUCAUGGACCACGCCAGGAAGAAUCGCAAUGGAAAGUGCCGGCCAGUGCAGGCCAUCCGGAACUCGACUUGCAAGAUCGCGCUGAGUUAUCUUCCCAAGAAGCUGUACGAGGUUGACUGGGACGUGAUCAUGGUGGACGCUCCCCGAGGCUACUUUGCCGAGGCACCUGGAAGAAUGGCAGCGAUUUUCAGUGCGUCGGUCAUGGCCAGGAGCCGGAAGAAUGGAACGACGGAUAUAUACGUACACGACGUGGAGCGGCCGGUGGAGAGGCAGUACUGCGAGGAGUUUCUGUGUCGCGCGAAUCUCGUGGAGGAAGCUCCAACCAAGAGGCUGUGGCACUUCAGGCUAGCUCCUCAGUUGCGCGGAAGUUCCUCCAAAAGCUUUUGCUGAGGGCUCUCCUUCUCUUCCCGAGGUUAUUACUUCUUUUCUUCGUGGCUGGCUAGAUAGUUCUUGUGUUUCUCGAUUCUUGCAAAGCUUUCCAGAAUGCAGGGACUGCUUCCGUGUCAGGAACGUCCUUGAAUGUUGGAAAGUAGUUCACGUCCACUAUAACAUGGUCGCGUGUGUGGCUAUGUACCUGACAAAAGAAAUCCUUUUUAGAGAGCCUUA